CCUCAGUCUUGGUUCGACCGUGCUACGAGUUGGAUGCGACUGGCAAUUCAACUUUCAUCCGCGGAGUGACUGUUUCAGUGUUUCUGGUGGGAAAGUGUCUGUAAAAUUCAAAGUGGAAGAGGUAGUCAAGAGUCUGCUGAGAGUAUUCCAUGAAUUUCCUCAUUCUCUUCAUCUGAUGAAAAAUUUAAGUGAAAAUCUCAAUUAGUGAAGAAAUUUUCUCACAAGUAAGAAAAUUGACUCAUCCCAGUGAUCUAAUCACAAAGUGAGUUUCUUUCUCGCAUUUAUCAACGUAAGAGUGACAAAAAUUCUAUGAGUGUGUCCCCUGGCAGACAAUAACGAAUACCCUCUCUGACCAUCAAAAAUUCAUUCAUCAAUUCGGCGGAUUUCAUUAAAAAUUCACAGAAAGUGUCUCAGCUGCGAGGUGGCAAAGGGGCAAUUUCUGGCCAGCAAUUGCGGAAUUCUGGGUGUGUAAAUUUGCUGAAACGCUAAGCGAAUUUUCAACUUCCGAAAAAAACGACGACCAACACCGUGGGAUAAAGAAUAGAACAACUUCAGCACGAGUCCUUAGGUUUGGUGGGUGGCAGAUGAGGAGGAGAAUGUGGUGCACUGUUGGAGGAUUUUUUGCAAUUUUAUUAAAAUUGCUGUAAAGACGAAAAGCUGGCAACAAAGGCUCACGGUCUACGAGGAGAGAGGCUAAAAGAAAAGCUCCCCCAUCUCAGCGCUUAUUAACUUUCCCCAACAUAGCGUGGAAUUUCAGUGUUCACCCAUUUCCAUCCAUCCUGGAGCAACUAUUCCACGUGACGUAAUUAAGUAGACAAAGUGGAAGGCAUAUGCAAAAGACUACCAUCCACAACUGAGGCACCAAAUUACUCAUAUAGUCAGCAACUUUUAUAAGAACUCCACCAGCUUAUAUUCAACUUUAGAAGCAAUUUGUCAAAAAAGGAGGUAAACUCCUGAGUACUUGGUUAAGAGACGCCUUUUGUGUUCUCCUUCAAUAUAUCGUGGCAAAAGUGGGUGAACUCCAUCACGAGCUUAUUGGCCUCAUUUUGCCAACCGCGAUGAAAAUGCAUUGGAAUUAGUGUGAGUGCGCAAGAAGACUUUCUUGUGCCAUCAUCCACCGGCAGAAGCCACAAAGCCACCCCUCAGUUGGUGGCUUAAAGGAGCAUAGCACGGAAGAUUAUCGAAGUGGAAGUGACAUUUUGCAACUAUGACACGCAAAUUUGCAACAAUUCUAGUCUUUGCCAUAGUUGGUCUGGUGCCAAUUGUACAAAUUGGUGCUGAGUCAAGAGAUACCCUCCAUGGACGAUCUAGACAUCGUGGCGUCCUUACGGCAUCUCAGGGCGGGAGUCGCGUGAAGAAGAGCGGGAAUUCCGGUGGUACUUCCGGUGCUUCUUCAUAUCCUGACUCCCCACUCAGUGCAUUCCUGCCACCAGUAUCAACACUUAGGGAGCGAAAGCCCAACAUUAUCCUCAUUCUCACGGACGAUCAAGAUGUCGAAUUGGGUUCGCUCAAUUUCAUGCCAAGAACUCUGAGACUCCUACGUGAUGGAGGCGCCGAGUUCCGACACGCAUAUACAACAACGCCAAUGUGCUGUCCAGCUAGGUCAUCCCUUCUCACUGGCAUGUACGUUCACAAUCAUAUGGUAUUCACCAACAAUGACAACUGCUCCAGCACCAUGUGGCAGUCCACCCACGAGACUAAGUCCUUUGCCACGUAUCUCUCAAAUGCCGGAUACAGGACUGGAUAUUUUGGUAAAUAUUUGAACAAGUACAAUGGCUCGUAUAUCCCACCUGGUUGGCGCGAAUGGGGUGGUCUCAUCAUGAAUUCCAAAUACUACAAUUACAGCAUUAAUAUGAAUGGUCAGAAGAUCAAGCAUGGAUUCGAUUAUGCUAAGGAUUACUACCCGGACUUGAUAGCGAACGACUCAAUAGCUUUUCUCAGGCAGUCGAAGCAGCAAAAUCAGAGGAAACCAGUGCUACUUACAAUGAGUUUCCCUGCUCCUCAUGGUCCAGAGGAUUCUGCACCACAAUACAGUCAUCUAUUCUUCAACGUCACCACGCAUCACACUCCAGCUUAUGACCUGGCUCCCAAUCCGGAUAAACAGUGGAUUCUGAGGGUGACCCAGCAAAUGGAACCUGUUCACCGGCGUUUUACGGAUCUCCUGAUGACAAAGCGUCUUCAAACCCUUCAGAGUGUCGAUGUAGCAGUUGAGAGAGUCUACAAUGAACUCAAGAGUUUGGGAGAGUUGGACAACACUUACAUCAUUUACACUUCUGACCACGGAUAUCAUUUGGGGCAGUUCGGACUCAUCAAGGGAAAGAGCUUUCCUUUUGAAUUUGAUGUGAGGGUUCCGUUCCUGAUGCGUGGCCCAGGAAUCGAGCCAGCCACUGUAGUUGAUGAGAUCGUCCUGAACAUUGAUUUAGCGCCCACUUUCCUGGACAUUGGUGGAGUUUCUACCCCAUCCCAUAUGGAUGGUAAGAGUUUUCUACCACUGUUACUCGGACGACAUCGAGGUGUGAAGGAAAAGUGGCCAGAUACUUUCUUGAUUGAGAGUUCAGGCCGUAGAGAAACUCCUGAACAACUGGCUGAAGCUAAAGCUGCUAGAAUUGCCGCAGCUGCUGCCAUGAAGAAUCGAGGUCGAGACACUUCUCUGAAACCGGGAACUUGGACUACGGAUUCUAUCAUCAAGGGACAUAAGGAAGCCGCUACAGAACAUCACAGAGAUUUCCUUGAUUUUGGAUCUCAUGAGUUUGACGAUGAAGAUGACGAUGAAGAUUCCUUCAUUGAAGACAAAUUAGAAGAUGAGGAGAUCCUUGCCAGGUUCGCAGACAAUCAAUACGAAGAGACCCCUCAACAUGAUCAGCUGGACAAUAAUUUACCCGUUGGUCCUUUUCUCUCCAAAUUAGCGAGGUUGAAUUCUGAAUGUUCUGAUCCUAAUCUACAUAAGGAUUGUGUUCCCGGACAGAAAUGGAGAUGCGUCAACGAAGAUGGAAGAUGGCGGAAGCACAAGUGCAAGUUCCAUAUGCAGUGGCAGAACCACCUGGCUGAAUUGAAUCGAGUAGCAGCUAGUCAUAAUAAGAGAAACUGUGCUUGUUUUGUUCCCAACGGGGUUGUUUAUACCAAGCUUAAGGCUAACCAUCCAUCAAGCAAAGAAUUCCAUCAAACUCGGAAGAGGAGUUCUCAUUAUCAUAGGCACAAGAGAUCAAUUGAUGAGAGAUACGUUGAGCAAGUUCCUGAGAUGAUGAAAGAGUUGAUCCGGGUAUCGAAGAACGUCGCUGAAAUUCGUGAGUCUUUAAUUAAACCUGCAGAGGCUCACAGGAGGAUAAAGCGAGAUGAGUCAAUCGACCAUAUCAGUUCUGUUAUUGAGGACAUUCAGAAGAAUCUUGAUAAACUGGAGGCGAGUCUUUUGGAAGAGAAUGAAAGUAUAAGGGCUCUGAAUCACAGUGCACAAAACUCAAAGAAAAUGUCAGCCAAGUGCUUCAUUGAGACAAAUGGGAAGGUUAACUGUUCAGACAUUAUCUAUGAAGAUGAGAAGAGUUGGAGGAAGAGCAGGGUACAGAUUGAUCUACUGAUCAAGGUUCUGAAGAAGCAAAUAAAUGAUCUUAGAGAUAUUAAGAAACACUUGAAGGAGCACAGACCGUUUAGUAUCAAGGAUUACGAGGAAUUUGAUCAAGUCUCCGGAGAAGAUGACUUCAAAUCUUAUGAUUAUUCCAGACUGCAUUCCGGAGAGAAGUUCUCAAAACAUCGUCACAACAAAUCUCACAAUUUGCACCACAAUUCCGGUCAUGAAUUCCGUCGACGACCUCAUUUCCGCAAAGACAAAGUAUCCAAAGAAGUUGAUGAAGAUGAAGAAGAGCAAGGACCUUUGAUCGAUAUGGCUUGGUAUACAACAGAGAGGAAUGAGAUCCCUGCGGAAAGUAGUCCGGAUUCUUCAAGUUCAACCAUUCCUCACAUUGAAUCCACAACGAAGCAUCACAGACAUCGUGAACAUCACAAUCGUGGGCGAAAUGCCACGAGGAAGCACAAAGUAGAACCAUCUUCAGCUGAAACAUCCUCAACUAUUGCUGCGGGAAAUCGUAGGAAAACUACACCAAAGAUUUCAUCAACUACUCAGAGACCUGAAAGCACAACUCAGAGCACUCCUGAUGAUUUUCAUGUGGACUACGAAGAGGAAAUGAGUCACAUUCCAAUCUUCUAUGUGGGCAGUGAUUCCAGUUCUAGUACAACUGAGAAGACUGAAAUAUCUACCGAAGAAAAUUCUUCAAGCUCAACUACAUCAAAUAUGGAUUCUUCCUCAAGCUUCCGGGAGGAGUCCAUUGUUCCCAGUUCAACAACAGUCAAGCCUGAGGGAAGAGGCCAUAAGCAUCACCAUGGACAUUCAGGAAAUAGAUCUAAUGCUCAAGAAUCCUCAACCUGGGGAAAGAAAGUGGAGACUGGAAGUGCGGCUGAAUGCUACUGUGAUGAUAAUAUUGAAGAGAAUGUUCCUGAUGAGAAAGAAAUCGCUCGGGAGACUAGGAGAAAGCUGAAGGAGGAACGCCAGCGCAAGAAGGAGAGAAAGCGGAACAAGAAGGCUCGUCUGGAGAAAGAUUGUCUUUCUGAGAAGAUGAACUGCUUCAGCCAUGACAAUGAUCACUGGCGUACUGCUCCCUUCUGGAAUGAUCAACCCUUCUGCUUCUGCAUGAAUGCCAACAACAAUACCUAUUCGUGCUUGCGAACAGUUAAUCCGGUGAAAAAUAUCCUCUACUGUGAAUUCACAACUGGAGAGAUCACUUUCUACAACUUAAGAAUUGAUCCUUUCGAGACGCAGAAUAGAGCUUCGAGUCUCAGUCCAGAGGAGAAAGCCCAGUUGCACGAAACACUUCAGCGUCUCAAAGGAUGUCGCGGGAAGAGCUGUACACUUCCACGGCAGCACUCCCCAGCUUUCAGCGAUUCCGGCUUCCAGUCGACUUCUAGGUCGUCGAAAAGAAGGGUUACUCAUUCAGGUUUACCCUCAUUACCAGAUUAUGAAGAAAUUGGACAAAAAAGACGCACCAAAGCACAAAACAAAAGAAAUGUAAAACGAAGAACCUCGGCACAUCACGAGACUCCACAGACAAGAAGUCGUUCGAGACGUCGUCCCUGGAGUUUUGACGAUCUCUACAACUAAAGUUCCAGGAGAAACAUACGAUUGAAAAAAAACUACAAAAAAAUAUUGCAUAAUAGUUCGUAUACUAUAGAAAAGAGAGAAAAUGAAAGAAAAAAUUCCCAUUAAUUCGUGAUUUUUUUUCAGAUUUAUUUAUUAAAUGUUCAAUGUGAAUCUUUUAGUUAGGCAAUUUCAGCAACAUUCGUUUGAUAUUUCAAUUUAUGACUUUGAUUAAUUGCAAUUUUAAUUGCGGUACAUUUGAAAGUUCCGACGCUUAAUCGAAAUUUUACGAGAAAUACUUAAGGCUUUUGUGACAUGAUGGACAAGUUUAAAAAAAAGUAAAAAGAAAAUUGUAGUCAAAUUCUCGAGAUAGAAUGUAUUUAAGAUUUAAAGAAAAAAGUAAUUUAAAGGCUAAAAAUUAAUAUAAAACAUAUUUAAAAAUUAUUUAAAUAAAAUGCUAAUAGUGCAUAUUUUAAAUUUAUUUGUUAUACCCUCUUUUUUUAUUAUAAAUUAUAUUUUGUAUCUCGACGGCAAAAUAGAUGAUGAUUUUUUGUAAAACAUUUAAGCGAAUAUACUCACAAUUAAUGUCAUAAAAUAGAUAUUAGAGACAGCAUUAUCUGUAAUAUUGCACAUCAAAUAGAAGAAAUGAAGAGGACAUAAAAACAACAGAUAAAAAAUAA